AUGUUGGCCCGGCGGAAGAGUUCGGCCGCCACCAGCACAUCGGCGGCCGCUCAAGCAGAUCAGCCCAAGCCCUCGAGUGUUGGGAAUGGACCAGCGUCGGUUGUGACUUCACGGGUACAUCAGGCCAGGGAAAGUGUUGCAGUUCUGGCCGAGUUAUUGACUAUGGAUUCAGUUACGAGAAAGAGAAAUACCCCAGGUAGGCUUGGGUAGGAUAUUGAGGGUUGGAAAGAAAAUUUUUGCAAUUUUUUGUUUUGUAAAGAAAGUUAGUGCCAUUUUUAAGCUUGUAAAGAAAGUGCUUGCCAGUUUUUGUUUCGUAAAGAAAGUUCUUGCCAUUUUUUAUUUUUAAAGAUAGUUUUUGCAAAAAAUAUUGGGUCGUACGUAUUUUACCAUCCUCCUUUUAAAAAUCUUCUCAAAUAAUGUAGUGUAAGGACAAACCCGCUUUGUAAAAUGUCAACAUGCACAUGCAUUCGUAUCUCGAUACAUCACAAAGCCAGCACAUUAACACGGCUAUAUAUCAUUCGGUUAUACGAUCAUAUGUGCAUCAAACGGAAGCAUAAUUCUUUUUUCCUUUGAUCUUGUUAUGGGGCUGAAACGGGAGAAACUAUAGUGUUGGCAUGGGGGUUUUUGAGAUUUUGAGAUGAUUUUUGGGUUAUAGAGAAAGAGGAGGGGGGGAUAGAAAGGGGGAUGGGCGGGGUAAAGAGGGUUGGUUUGAGUUAUAGGGGGUGGUUUUUAAAAAAAACUUUUGGCAGAGGGUAUGGGUUUUUAAUUUUUUUUUAUUUUUGUGGGCUAGGCGGGUUUUUAAGAAAGUUUCAGGUAGAGGGUAGAUUUGGAAUUUUCUUGGAUGCUGGGCUGUUUUCAAUAAGAAAUUUUGGUUGUAGGGGUAGAUUUACAAUGUUUUUUAUUUUGUAAAGUGGGUUUUUAAAAAAGUCUCUGGUUAUAGGGGGUAGAUUUUUAAUUUUUUUUGAUUUUGUGGGACUGGUUUUGGUUUUUAUUGGAUUUUUGUUUGUUGGGGGGGGGGUAGAUUUUAAAAAAAUAUUUUAAAAUUUUUUUUACAAAAAAACAUUUUCUUCCAAGUUUUAUGUUACUAAUGGUCCAAUUAGGCCUAGAAUUACAAUUUUUUUGCCAAAUCUUUUGGUUUUUUUUUAAUUGGAAGUCCUAUUUGUGGGUAGGGGUGGACGAUGGGGUUUUAGUCUUAGCUGUAGUUAAAGCCAUAGAAGUAGUAUUAGCCUUUGCCAUAGUCAAAGCCAUAGCUUUAGCCUUAGUCCUAGCCAUACUUUCCUCUCCAAUCCUAGUUCUAGCCAUUGCUCUGUCCUUAGCGAUAGUCAUAAUCUCAGCAUACUCCACCCUACCUUACCCUACUCUACCGAACUCUACUUAUCUUGCCCAACUUUGCCGUAUUUUAUAAAAUUUCAUGUUUCUGUUAAUGCCACCCAACUGUCCUCACCUCAAUUGUAAGAUUUAAAUAGCGACAUACGUUUGUCUACACAAACAUUUCAAACGAACAAAAACGUCUCGUCUUGAUGUUCUUUUCAGGACCGGAAAUGUUAAAAGUUGGUUAACGGCGAUAGUUCAAGUAGGCGAAAUAACAUGGAACGAGAGGAGAGGCAGUAAAAGAAAUAUUUUUUUGAAGAAAAAAUAAAAAUUGUUAUAAAAAUAUCCAAAAAGAUGACAAAAUAAAAAAAUUUGUUGGGCAUAAAGUUUAUUAAAAUAGCAUAAUUUUUAAAAUUAUUGAAAAAAACGGCUUUUUCUACGCACUUUUUGACCACUAUACUAAAAUUCUACAUAAUUAAUGACCAAGUCGAUUAUUCUUAUAAUUUUUUGAUAAAUAUUUAUAAAAAAUUCUUUUAAAUUUUUUUAGUAAAAACAAGAGAAAACCAAUUUUUAAGAGACGAAAAAGAAAAAAAAGCGAAAAAGAAAAUUAAAUUGAAUUUAAAGAAAUUAUGCAAAUUUGCUGCAAAAAAAAACGUUUGGAAAAGUUUGAAAAGAAAAGAAAAACGCUUAUCAAAGAAUAAGUAAAUGUAAAGGGAACAAAAGUGCUAGAUUUAAACAAGGUUUUCUAGUUUCUACUGAGAUUGGGUGGGGUGAUGCAAUUUGCAGGGUGGAGACUUUAAAAAAAUAUUUUACACUUGCUUUAGCCUUGUUCUAGCCUUGUCCUAGCCUCUUGCUAUAGCUUUUCUCUAAUUCUAGCCCUAACUUUGCGACAGCCUUGCACUUUUCCAACCUCCAGCCCUUACCUUUGCCUUGUCUUAGCCUUAUCCUAACUUAGCUUUGCCGUAACUUUCCCUUAACCUUUAUUUUACCCUACCCAACCCUACCUUAUCCUGCUCUACCCUACCAGGCUUUACUCACAUUGCCUUGUUCUGCCCUUUCUUAUCCUCUGAACUAUAGCAAUAAUCAACAAUUUCGAUGAUGCUAUAUUGUCAUAGCCCUUUUAUAUGAAAAUAAUAGCCUCAUACACCACGAACCAAAGAAUUCCUGUAUCGUAAACAAUAUUGUUUGUGUUGAAAAGUUUUUUUUUAAUUUCCACACUUUUCAAUGGCAUCCUCGGAAAAAGGCUUUAAUGAAACUUUUUAUGGCAAACUCUCUUCGCCAUAACUUUAACCUAUAUCACUUUACCCUCCGGGUGUUUUUUCGAGAUUCUUCGGGCGAGGAACGUAAUUUGGACAAAGUUAUGGGGUUUAUUUUCAAAUUUGAGGGGUUGUUUUUUAAACUUUUAAAAAUUUUAAAUGUUGAGGCAAAAACGAUGAUUUAUUUAUAACUAGGGGGGGGGGGUUUUGAGGGCAGGGCGGGAUAUAGACAAUGAUAGGCAAAUAAUACGGGGCUAAAUCUAAAGCGGGGGUGGAAGGAAGGGGUGGUCAACAGUUGAGAUGAAUGUAGGGUAGAAUGAGGUAAGGUAAGGAACGGCAGGGUAAGGUAGAACAGAGUAGGGUAAAGUAAGGUAGGGUAGUUUUGGACCCUGUUUUUAAAAAUAAAAGUUACCCCACCCAGCACUAUUUAUAGGCUUAUGAGUGUCAAUACUCAUUUCCUUUAGCCUCAUAGCUAUCAACCUCCCUCACCCUUCUCCCCCCCCCCUUCCAAUAUUUACUGAUUUACUUCCAGGCCAAAAGUAAAUAUCUAGUUUAUGUCCACAAAACUAUAUAGCCUUAGGGGGUCUUCGGGGUGGAAUUUACUCAAUUUGUCAGGAAACUCGUUACGGCUCUUUCCGGACGCCCUGAGGUGCUGGCCAGGGGUCGGAUUGCGCAUCUUUUUUUAAACUUUGCCCAAUUUUGUUUUUCUUUUUAGCCCAAUCAGUAAGCACUUUCCGCCCCAUUACACCUAUGUCAUAUAUAUGCAUGUUUAUUAUCGAUAGACAUGUUGUUAUAGUUAUAUGUUUGUUGUAGCCUUUUGGGUUAUGAUUGAAGGUUUGCUGGUUUUAUAGAGGAUUUGAAGGGGAGGUUUUUUGAGGUUUAAGUGUUUGUGGCUAUUUUAAUGUUGUAAUAAGAAGACACUAAAAUUAUUGGUAGUUUUUUUAGAAAAUUUUCAAAAUUAAAAAAAAAGAAUGAAAAAACGGCCGGAACUUUCUUUACAAAACAAAAAAUGGCAAGAACUUCUUUACAAAAUGAAAAAUGGCAAAAACUUUCUUUACAAGGUUUGAAAUGGCAAUUACUUUCUUUACAAAACAAAAAAUAAAAAAUUUUAAUAGUUUAUUAGUAAUUUUUAAUAAAUUUUUAGUUAAUAUUUUUAUUAGUAUUAGAAUUAUUUUGUUGAUUCCUCCUUAUUUAUUUUUAAGAGCAUUAGAACUUUCUUAACAAAACGAAAAAUGGCAAAAAAUUUCUUUACAAAGCAAAAAAUAGCAAAAACUUUCUUUACAACUAUAUUAAUUUUCGUUUUUAAAAAUAAUUUUAAAUUCUGUAAAUAUUUACUUUCCUGCAAACAAACUUUGUGCCCUCCGGCGUUCCUGCACAUAAUGUUAUUCAUAUAAUUAAUUCAUUUAUCCAAGCAGCCUUUUUAUGCCCAAAAGUCGCAUCAAAAAGUAUUAUAACCUUUUACUCGAGGUCCAAUUAGUCUUGGGCCAUGCCGCUAAUUAAGGCCGAAUUUGCAGAAUCGAUCGUGUUGAUGAGCGGGUUCGAGACGUUCCUCAAGCUGACAUGUCUCUUCUCCAUGAUCAGCGUUUGUAUGCACACGCCCAAGACCAUCGAACUGUUGCCUGGGCUCGAGUAUGGGCUGCUGGUGGUGGAUGUGAUCAUCACAUUGUGUUUCACACUGGAGACACUAUUGAGGGUAAGGGUUUUUUUGUUGUAAGGGUUGCUUACAGUGGGCUACAUUAUCCUACCUUACCCUACCUUGGCCUGAAUGUCCACUUUUAUGAACCAGUUUUGCCUACAAUCUUUGUUUCAUAUGCAUGUACUAUAAUAUCCCUCAAUGUUACUGUACCUUCAUUACAGAUGAGCAAGGCCUACCUCCGUGACCGAUGGAGUCAGUUCGACCUGGCCCUACUUAUAAUACAUUAUGUGACAGUACUAUUACACAUUUACGAGCUGGUCACUCGUGCAUUCCCUGGCCUAGGGUUGGUCUACAAGACCUGGUAUGGGCUGUUACGGUCGCUACGACCAUUUGUUAUGAUACGACUAGUUAGGUUGUUAAUUAGGUUUAAAUUGCCCAAAAAUAGGAUUCAACAGAUCAUCAAGUAGGUUUUGGCAGUUGAAUCUAAAUUUUUAUAUUGUAAAGAAAGGUUUUGUCAUUUUUCGUUUUGUAAAAAAAGUUCUUGUCAUUUUCUGUUUUGUAAAGAAAGUUCUUGCUAUUUUUUGUUGUGUAAAAAAAGUUCUUGCCAUUUUUUAUUUUUUAAAGAAAUUCCUUGUAAUUUUUCAUUUUGUAAAGAAAGUUAUUGCCAAAAAAUGAAAAAAAUUUAAAUACGUCAUUUUUAUGCAAAUUUCCUCAAUUUCAGGCGCUCAUCGCAACAGAUCCAAAAUGUCACGAUCUUUUUCUUGUUCUUCAUGACAUUGUACGCUAUAAUGGGUGUUCAACUGUUUGGUCGCAUCGAAAACCAUUGUGUUUUACCGACCACUAACCCCUUCAACGUGUCGAUCACGGACCUCGCCAUCCCUGAUACGAUGUGUUCGAAGCCGGGUAUGGGUGGAUACGAAUGUCCACCUAAUAUGGUCUGUAUGAGGCUACAUUUCAAUGCUAGGGAGACUGGGUUCUACGGAAUGUUCGACGAUUUUGGUAGGGUUUCGAUUUGACUUUCCAAAAUUUUGGAAAAUUAAAAAAAAAUUUAUUUUGAAAUUUUAAAAAAUCUGAUUUUCUCUGAAGCCCUAGGACACCAACUUUAGAAGAUAUGACACUUCCAAUCUUUUAAAAAAACCUUUUUUCAUUAAAACCCCCUCCAUUUACCACUAAAACCGACUGUUUAGGCGCCAGUUUGUUUACUGUUUAUCUGGCCGCCAGUCAAGAAGGAUGGGUAUACGUCCUAUACGACACAUUAGACACAUUCCCCUCGUACAUGGCCUUUUGCUACUUUAUUACAUUAAUCUUCUUCAUGGCAUGGUUGGUGAAGAACGUUUUCAUUGCCGUUAUCACCGAGACCUUUGCCGAAAUUCGUGUACAGUUCAGUGAAAUGUGGCAGAAUAAAGAGAUCGCCGAUGAUCAAAACUUUCACCACAUGGUAUGGAAACAAAGUUUUUGUGGGAAACUGAAAAUUUUUAAAAUUUGUGAAAAGGUCCUACUUAUCAUUUUAGAUAUAGAAAACCUAAAAAAUUUUAUUUUGAGUACUAAAAAGUUUAAAACAUGCUUAAAAAUAAAAAACAACUAAAACAACACUAAAAUCACCUACAACAAGCCAUAAAAACCUGUAAACAAAGUUUCUUCAACACCCAAAACCAAAAAUUUUUCAGAAACUGCAAAAAACUUCAGAAGGCUGGCGUCUAGUUGAAAUAGACUCGGAAGUCGAGAUAGGAAAUGCGCCAAAAGUAUUGAACAAGAUUGUUCGCUCUACUACAUUUCAAAUUUGUGUUAUGGUACUGGUACUAUUGAAUGCUGCCAUUAAUGGGUCCUUUGUUCAUUAUCACGACAAAAGAGACGAGGAUCGCAAAAAAAUUUACUAUUUUAUUGAGGUAAUGGUUUAUAUAUAUUUAUUGAGCUGUUUUACAAAAUGUUGAAAUGGUACUACUGGUACACCUUGUGGUACCAUUUUUUCAAGCUUACAUAAAUGACCCAAAAAUAGUACAUAAGGCUUUAUUGAGCUAUUUUGAAAAAUUCCAAAAAUGGUACCGCUGGUACAGUUGGUACAUUUUUGCUACCAUUUCUUGAAAUUUUUCAAAAUGACCCAAAAACACAAAACUAACUAUAACACAUCAGAACAACACUAUUUUCAGACCGGUUUCACAAUUUUAUUCGAUAUCGAGUGCCUCGUAAAGAUAAUCGCCUAUGGGUUCCAAAACUUUUUCAAAAGAGGACAACACAAGUUCGAACUGGUACUAUGUCUCGGUUCCACCGUGAACAUCAUACCCAUGCUCUAUACUACCAAAAUUUUCACAUACUUUCAAGUUUUUCGAUUGAUUAGAUUAAUCAAAGCUUCGCCAAUGUUGGAGGACUUUUUGUAUAAGGUAAGAUGGAUGUUUCUUGGGUGUAAAUAAAGUUUUUUCAGUACAAAUUACUAAAAAAACCAAUAAACAAAGCGUAUUUUACCAAAACAUUAUAAAAAUGUAAAGAAAGUUCCUGCACUUACAAAUUCAUUUUUUUUUACUUCAAAUCCUUGAAAUUUUAGAUUUUCGGCCCAGGCAAGAAGCUGGGCGGUUUAGUGGCCUUUACCAUGAUUAUGCUCAUCAUUUCCUCAGCUGUAUCAUUACAACUUUUUUGUUUUGUCGAAAAUCUCGACAAAUUUCACACAUUCCCUCAGGCAUUCAUGACCAUGUUUCAAAUUAUGACUCAAGAAGGUUGGACGGAGUUGGCGGUAGAGAUUCUACGAUGCAUGAACGAGAGUAUGGUACCUUUUGUGGCCAUUUAUUUCGUUGGGUACCAUUUGUUCGUGACUUUGGUAAGGAUUUUUGGUUCAUUUUUUGAGUAUAGGGCUUGUGGUACUGUAAUUUACUUGCCUAUAUUAUAAAGAAUUUGUAUGCCUAAAGAAACAAGACUUAUGGUACUAUCAGGAACCGGCUUGAAUGAAUAUUUUUUAAAAUAGGACUUAUUGUGCUUGUCUUCCUAAUAAAGGUAUCAAAAGUAACAUUUACAGUACCAUUUUGUAAUUGCUUUGGCGUACCAUGAAGGGUUUUUUCCUCCUGUUUUCAUUAUAGUACCAAAACCAUAAAAUCAGCUGGUUGUAGUCCUGAAAACAUAAAACACCUUCAGAUUGUGUUAAGCCUGUUCGUAGCCGUCAUCUUGGAUAACUUGGAAAUGGACGAAGAGUUGAAAAAGAUCAAACAACUCAAGGCACGUGAGGAAACGACUAUGCGUACCACCUUACCGUGGCGUUUACGCGUAUUCGAAAAAUUCCCAACAAGACCACAAAUGGUACAGUUACGCAAAGUUUCGAACGAAUUCCCAAUGCCAAAAGUUCGUGACAGUUUUACGCGACAAUUCGCCGAUCCCAACAGUGAAAGCUUUAUGUUGGACACGGACAAUUGUAUCGGAAAGCCAAAGAAAAUACUCCCAGGACAACCCUUUCUUCGUACUGACUUGUACGAAAUUAGAGUACGACAAAUUGGGCAUUUGUCGUCGAAGAGUAGUAUUAGCUAUCUUAUAGAGUAAGUUACAGCAAAUUAAGUAUAAGAUAAGGCCAAGCAAGACCAAUAUAUUUUUUCUAAAUUGGUGCUUGUAGACAUAACGUUGACUUCUUCCAGAGAAUCUAACAAAAACCGGGUAUUACUAUCAGAUUCUACUCAAUUUAUUGCUCAAAGACUUGGUCCAAGACGGCGAGAACAUACUGUGUAAGUCACUAUGGUAAAUCAAACAAACCUACUAAACACUAUAACAUGAGAACCCAAAAUUACAAUUUCAAACAUAAAACAUUAGCCCUAAAAACAAAAUUGGCCUAGAAGAGCUUGUACCAAUCAAUCUAACCCAAGCUUGUCGCAAUCAAUAAAGCCCCUUAUUUCAGCCGUCAUCGCACUCGCGGCCUGAACGGCACCAGCUCUUUAAAAUCAAAGGCUUACGACCAUUUUAAAGAGAACGGCGAUGUAAGACCAACAGAUUCUGCACCAAAAGACAAUAUGAAACAAGGAGAAAUCGACAUCAAGGCUUUACAACAGAAAAGAGCUCAAGCUGAGUUCACGAGAAAUAGAAUUGAGGAGGAGAUGAGAGAAAACCAUCCAUUUUUCGACCGCCCUUUGUUUACUGUGAGUUGAUGUUUUAAGUAAUUAUGUAAUAAUGGGGCCCUUCGUAUUUUACAACACAUUAAGCAAUACAAAAGUCUCGUCAAAAAUCCAUAGCUACUUUUUAUACUGCCCUACAUUAUACUAGCCAAACCAUAAAACGCAUUUUAGGUCGGCCGAGACUCACGCCUACGCCAGUGGUGCCAAAAUAUAGUGUACGCCAAGUACUCGCCUGAAAAGAUCGAUCCAAUCACUGGAAAGCCAAUCCAGCUAAAAUACAAACAAAUCCACUCCUUCUUCAGCAUAAUGAACUACCUCGACUGGUUCAUGGUGGUCAUGACCGGUCUCAGUUGUGGGUCAAUGUUAUUCGAGUCACCAUGGCCAACAACUGGAGAAUACCUUGUAUUCAACAAUGUUUACCUACAAAUCUGUGAAUACACAUUUGUAGCUGCGAUGACCUUCGAACUGAUGGUUAAAGUGCUGGCCAAUGGUGUCUUUUUCACGCCAAAAGCUGUGGUCAGAGAUGUUGGUGGGGUUAUGACCGUUUUUAUUUAUAUUGUAAGUUCUUUUAAGCGAUCUUUGUAGGUAUUGCUUCUUCUUUAGGUACUCUAUUAUAUAGUAAAACUAUUGGGCACGCUUUAGGUACCUAAAAUAUUAUCCUAACCUCAGGCAUCAAAUAUAAUAUAAUCUUCAAAUUUCAGACCUCAGUAUGGUACCUCUUUUGGAUGCCAAAACACGUAGAAAUCAACUCAUUUGCUCAACUAUUAAUGAUCUUCCGCGCAAUGCGACCACUUCGUAUCUACACUUUAGUACCUCACAUCAGACGGGUAGUAGUCGAGCUAUGUAAAGGCUUCAAAGAAAUUAUCUUGGUAACAAUAUUGCUAGUCCUUCUUGUCUUCGUAUUCGCUUGUUUCGGAGUCCAAAUGGCUGGUGGAAAGCUGGCCGGCUGUAAUGAUAUGACAAUAACAGCACGUGAAAAUUGUACAGGAGUAUUCGAGCAGAAGAUAUUCAUCACGCGGAUGGAAGUUUACGGUAAAAAUAGCGAUGACCUGCAUCCAAAAAUUCUGAUUCCAAGAGUUUGGGCAAAUCCACGGAAUUUCAAUUUCGAUCACAUUGGAAACGCCAUGUUGUCGUUAUUUGAAACUCUGUCGUACAAGGGGUGGAACGUGGUUAGAGAUAUAUUGUGGAUAAGACUUGGAGCGGUAAGUGAAGAUUUUGUUUUAGAGAAGGUUUUUGCAGUAUGUUGUAGUAGGUUUAUGCCUAAACGGGGGAAAAACUACAUAAAAUUUCAAAAACUAAGCAAUAAAUUCAAAACUUAAAUAACUUACUUUCAGUGGGCAGUAAUCUUCAUCCACAUAUACGUUUUCAUUGGUUGUAUGAUUGGCAUCACCCUAUUCGUAGGUGUGGUAGUAGCAAACUACAUGGAGAACCGAGGCACAGCCUUAUUAACUGUAGAUCAACGUCGUUGGCACGACCUAAAAGCACGUUUACGAAUGGCACAGCCACUGCAUGUUCCCCCAAAACCCGGAGAAUCCGCCAAACUUCGACGUCGAUUAUACGAACUUACCAUGGGCCGAAACUUCAAACAAUUCUUUGUCAUCUUGGUGGUCGUAAACUCAGCGACACUGUUCGUACCGUGGAACCCAGAAGAAGAAAAGAUUCGCCCAACACAUUUAUGGUUCUCUACUGUAAUAUCCGCCAUGUGUAAUGUCCUGUUCACGGUGGAGGUGUUGUUAAAGACGAUCGCGUUCACUGUGAGAGGAUUCUGGCAAAGCAAAAGGAAUCGUAUCGAUCUGCUUAUCACGAUUCUAGGUUGUUCAUGGAUCGCUACACAUUUCAUAAUGGCUUUGCCGGCAAAAGCUGUUAGUGAUAACGCGCAAGGAACGUUGAAACGUUACACAUACACAUUCGGAUAUAUGGUGGUGAUCAUGAGAUUCUUUACCAUUGCUGGCCGGAAAUCAACGUUGAAGAUGCUUAUGUUGACAGUUGUUAUGAGUAUGGUUCGAUCCUUGUUCAUUAUUACGGCCAUGUUCUUGCUGGUGCUGUUUUAUGCGUAUGCUGGGGUUAUAUUGUUUGGAAUGGUCAAGUAUGGUCAGGCUAUUUCAAAGUAAGUUGAUAUUUUCUUAGUAAUCCCCGCCAUUCCAGCGGUAAAAAAGCCUUAACAUAAACCUGAAACAACCAAAAAUCCUAAAACAUAACAAAAAACACGCAAUAAACAUAACAUUAACCUAAUUGAAACCUUGUUUUAGACACGUGAACUUCCGCACUGGUUCAGAGGCCUUGGUUGUUCUGUUUCGUUCAGUUACAGGUGAAGAUUGGAACGAUAUUAUGCAUGACUGCAUGGUAAGUGAUCAUGGAUAACAAUCCAUUACAUUUUUUAUUCAAAAAUCCAUAAGUUCUUGCCGCUUCUAUUUAAAAUCUCUUAAAUUUUGCACUUUUCGACCUAAAAUUUAAAAAAAUCAAGAAAAAACCACUCACUUGCUUUGAUCCAUGAAGAAAAGCGAAUUAGAACCAUCUACAACAAUAUCGAGGACAAAAAUAUCGAAAUAUUGAAAAAAGCAAAUAAAUUUUUGAAAAUUCCAGCGUUCCCCGCCAUUCUGUUACUGGGAAGAAGGUAUGGAUUACUGGAAGACCGAUUGUGGCAAUUAUUUUGGAGCGGUUAUCUAUUUCUGCUCCUUCUACCUUAUCAUUACCUAUAUUGUCCUUAAUCUUCUUGUGGGUAAGUUAAUGUCCUGCAAUCUAAAAAGUACAUAAAAUGGGAGAUCAUUACGUAAAAUCAUACAACAUUGAACAUUAUAUCAAUGCAAUUAAGAAAAGUUGAUAAUUCUAGGUGACAUUCACAAAAAGUUUUGGGAAAAAUAUUAAUUUAGGUAAUAUACCAAAACGUUUUCAUAAAAAAUCAAGUUUAAAAUAACUUCUAAAUAUAAACUCUCUUUUCAGCCAUCAUUAUGGAGAACUUUUCGUUGUUUUACUCAAGUGAAGAAGAUGCUCUACUCUCAUACGCAGACAUACGAAACUUCCAGCAAGUCUGGAACAUGGUGGAUGUUGAGCAAAAGGUAAAAAGACUUAUUUUUAAUGUUUCAAAAUAUAAAUUUUUUAUUUUUAUAGACGUCUUACAAUAAAAUAAACUGUUUUUUGUUUAGAAAAACCAAUUUACAAACUAAAAUAGGAUGGCACCUUCGCGGCCGAGCAUUUUGUAGGCCGCAGAGAGAAUUUAUAUGAAAAAGCGGCCCCGCUCUGAUUGACUUCAAACUUUUUAUAAAGAAAGAUCAUGUAAAUAUAAGAUCUUCAGCAAAGUAAUAAAUCGCGCUUUCCAGGAAAUCUCGAGAAAAUUGAGAUUAAAAAAUGACAUUUUGAAUUUCCCGCCAACUUGGCAUUGUAUUUCAAGCAAUUUUUCAUGAAAUUUUUUAGAGGAUGAUACCAGUACGUAGAGUAAAGUUUUUGCUUCGAUUGUUAAGAGGAAGAUUGGAAGUUGAUCCAAAUAAAGAUCGACUACUGUUUAAGCAUAUGUGCUAUGAAAUGGAGAGAUUGAACAAUGGAGAUGACGUUUCUUUUCAUGACAUUUUAAAGUAAGGCUUUAUUAUGCUUUUAAGAACAUGACUUGCUCUACUUUUCCUAAAAUUACAAAAUUUAUCGUCUUAAAAUGAAGGCUCGGCUUAUAUUUAAUUUUGAUAAUAGUGUUGUUUAAAUAAUUCUGUGCUCCCUCUCAAAGCAAAUUUGGAGGCCAGGAGCACAAAAUUAUUUGAACAAAUUAAUAAAUAUUGAUUAACAAAGUUUUGUCGUUUUUUUGCACUUAAUACAUAAUAAAUUGACGACAAAACUUUUAUGCCAUUUUAAAGAUAAAAAAGUCAAAAUUUUUAUUAAAAUUUUAACAUUUAAUGUUUUAGUAUGUUGUCCUACCGUUCUGUGGACAUUCGAAAGAGUUUGCAAUUUGAGGAAUUGGUUCAACGAGAAGAGCUCGAAUAUAUUAUUGAAGAAGAGGUGGCCAAACAAACGAUAAGAUCAUGGCUGGAGGGGUGUUUGAGGAGGAUUAAACAGGAAGAGGUACUGUAUUUUUAAAUACUGUAGAGUUUAUUAUACAGGAGUUACUAUGCUUUUAUAUUUUUUAAAUUUUAGUUGGAGGACCGUUUCACAAAAACUAAAAAAUGGUUUUCAAAAAAAUACGAAAAAGAAAAAAAUUAAAAAAUGUCAUUCCAGAAGCCAACAACAGACCACAACCUAAUAAACCAGCUCAGAUCAACUAUGGGCCAGCCUGUGCCAUUGGCAACAUUAGGGACAGCUAGAGUCAGCUUAACUCCAGAAAACUCGUCGAUAAAGAGUCAUUUGUACAACAAUGAAGUUAACAUCAGUCAAGAGUUAAAAGUGGACUCACCGGUCGAAGAACCGGUCAAAAAAGUGUCAAAACGAAGACGAAGCAGCAUCCCUGAUCUGGUUGGGGUAGGUUGAUCAUGUUUGUUUAGUUAUGGGCAGGGGGAGGAUGGGUUUAAAUUUUUUUUGCGGUACGUUACUUCUCCUAACUUACCCUACCCUAAAUUACCGUACCCUACCCUACCCUGCUCUUCCCUACUUUACCCUACUCUACUCUUACCUGUCCAUGCUCAACCCUAACCUGCUGCACUGAACCUUAAUCUAACUUACCUUCCUGUACCCUCGCAUUCCUACUAUAAUAUAAUUUUUUAAAACAAAAAUUUUAUAGGAAGCCAAAAAGUUAGUAUGGGGAAAGGCAAGUAAAAGUCCCACACCAAAUGCUAAUCAAUCGACUGAUCGUCCUACGGACACGUUAACGGCAAAUGACACCAAUUACUUUGACAAUCGACAGAGAAGGUCUUCAUUUAGGAAGACGAACGCCCAAAAUCAAGUUAAUCUGAACAGAGUGGACAAGAGGGCUACUUUGAAACAGCUGCAGGUAUGUUAUUGUAGCCAGAUAUUGAUUUACAGCUUUAUAUGCUACAGUAAUUACUAUUGUAGUGAGCCAAAAAAGUUUUGUCGUUUUUGUAUGUUUAAUGUAAUAUAGAUUAACGGCAAGACUUUAAUUUUUUGCGUUACGGUAACCCGGUACCGUAUUUUACAUUUUUUCAAAUUUUAAACAACAUUACCAUGCCACUUUCAGAUGCAAACCUACGAACUGCCAGAAGUGGAGGAAUGGGAAGAAGCUGAAGAUGCGUUAGCUCCGAAUGAUCGACGCCAUUCCUUGGAAGUCAGUAAUUCUAAACAUCCAGCUUCACAACUAUCACGCCGACCUUCUCAAAUCAAACACUUACAAUCAGUUACCGAAUACAACUUUUAUCAACAACCAAAUCAGACAUCAACAACCGAUGUGCAGAGCUGGUGGAAUGAGAUCGCCAAUGCUUAG